AUGGCAGCUGGGAGUCCCCUCAAAGGGCUGUGUGAUGAAAUCACUUGCCCCAUCUGCCUGGAAUACUUCACUGAUCCAGUGGUUCUAGACUGUGGGCACAGUUUCUGCCAAGAAUGCAUCACCCGAUGCUGGGGGGAGUCGGAGACAGAGGCUACCUGUCCUCAGUGCAGAGAAGCAGCUCCGCAAAGGAACUUCAGACCAAACCAGCAACUGGCAAGCCUCCUAGAAAUAAUCAAGAAAGCUGCAAAGGGGGAAAGGGCAGAAGGGCGGAUGGGAGUGUGUAAGCUCCACGAGGGGCCCCUGAAACUCUUCUGCAAGGAUGACCAAGCCCCCAUCUGCUUGGUGUGCGAGAAAGCCAAGGAGCACAGAACUCACCGUGUGGUCCUUGCAGAAGAGGCUGCAGAAGAGUACAAGGAAAAAAUUGUGGCCCAGAUGAAAUCUCUGGAGAAAGAGAGAGAAAUUCUCAUUGGUCACAAGCUGGCUGAAGAACAGAGAAGCAAGAGAUGCCGGUUCGAAGAGGAAAAGCUGAAGAUCCAGGCAGCCUUUUCUCAAAUGUACAGGUUCCUGAAGGAUAAAGAGCGCUUCAUCCUGUCAGAACUGGGAGAUCUGGAGCAAGAGAUUAACAAAAGACAGGAAGGAAAUGACAACAGACUCUCUGAGAAGAUUUCCCACCUCAGUGAAGUGAUCGCAGAAAUGGAGGGGAAGUGCCAGCAGCCACCAGCUGAAUUCCUGCAGGACAUUAGAAAUACCAUGAGCAGGUUGGAUAAGAAACAAGCGAGGCAUACAGCAGAACUCUUCCCUAGCUUGGAAGACAAACUCCAAAUUUACACUCAGAAAAAAUCUGCUCUAGAAAAGACUAUGAAGGGUUGUAAAGAGUCUCUUGAGAAGGCAAUGAACAAAGUGUAUGUGACUCUGGAUCCAGACACGGCCCAUCCCAUGCUCAUUCUGUCUCAGGGUCUGAAAUGCGUGAGCUUGGGAGACAGAAGGCAGGACCUGCCUGAUAUGCCUGGAAGAUUUGAUACUGUGCCCUGUGUAUUGGGCUGUGAGGGGUUCACUUCGGGAAGACACUGGUGGGAGGUAGAAGUGAAGACCAAGGUGGAGGUGGAAGGGUCCAGGCAGUGGACAUUGUGGGAUGUGGGGGUUGCAAGAAACUCUGCUAGGAGGAAGGGGCAUAUUAAUUGCAGUGUUGAUGAGGGGGUGUGGGCUUUGGGGAAGCCACACCACAGCCAAGGGCCUCCUUGUCAACUCUGGGCUUCUACUUCUGCUUCGUUUAUCACUGUGACUGUGAAACGGGAGCCUAGGAAGAUCCGGGUGUCCCUGGACUAUGAAGAGGGUCGAGUGGCAUUUUUUGAUGCCGAUACAAAUGUCUUGCUCUUUGCUUUCCCUUCAGUUUCAUUCUCUGGGAAGAUGAUUCGUCCCUUUUUCUGGCUGGCCGGCAACAUCAGUCAGGACCGCAACACGCCUCUUCCUGUUUCUCGUAUUGGCCCAGCGUCUGGCUGGAGACUGGGCCCGGGCCAUCUGCUCCAGCUGGGAAUCGGUGGUUUCCUCUGCAAGUAA